CGCACAACGGUGGACGGUUUGAUACGGUUUUUUUACUUCGUGAAUUAUUACUUGAACGAAAAGUUGUGCCGCAAUGUAUUAUGAACGGUAAUAAAAUUAUGUGUCUGGAAUUAGAAGAUCGAAAUCUAAAAGUAAUUGACAGUUUUUUAUUUUUAAAUAUGGCUUUGCGAAAAUUUCCCGAAGCUUUGGGUAUUCCAGAUAUUUGCAAGGGAUUUCAUCCAUAUCGUUUUUACGAUUUAACCUACGUUGGUAGUAUGGUCGGGUUACAAUAUUUUGAUUUGCCCGAAAAGGGUUCUAAAGAGCGGGAAAAAUUUGAUACCUGGUAUAAGGAACAACAACAGAAAACGUAUAUUUUUAAAGACGCCAUGUAUUAUUAUUGCCGCCUCGAUGUUGAUAUAUUGAGACAGGGGUGCAUUAUAUUUGCACGAUUAAUAAAGGACAUCACUAACGUAUUUCCAUUUUAUGAUAAAACUUGCCACACGAUUGCGGGUUUAGCUUUGAAAGUCUAUCGUACCAAUUUUUUAAAUGAAAAUACUAUAGGGCAGAUACCCGCACAGGGUUAUGGGGGUAAUGUAAAUCAAAGUACAAUUGCGUUGUAUUGGUGUGCUACAUAG